AUGUCCUCCAAGAAGUCGAAGAAAUCCAGCUCUGUGAAUGCGUCAAAGGCACCAGCCAUCAGCCUGCCUCGACAACUCCGAAGCCAACAAUCCCAGUCGACUGAACGGGAACUGCGCCCCCGGCCAGCAAAGCCAGAAACCUCUACUCCAGCACCGACCCGCCGCUCAUCCGAACAAGUCCAGCAAGAUAGGGCUGCAGCACACGCCGAAAGGCGAACCGAGGUCCGACAACAGCAAGAGGCAAUCGCGCAGGCAGCAGCAAAUGAACACCAGAAACUUCGUAAACAACGUGCCGAUGAUAAGUCUGCUAGCAAUCCACCACUAGACCCGGAUGUUCCUGCAGUAAAGGAGCGGCGCUUACGGCCAAAUGAACCUGAAGACGACGACCUCAUGGAUGUUGAUAGGUUCGGCGACGGAGGGUCUGAUUAUCAAGAUUCGGGAUCGAACUACAUGUCCGACGACGAUGAGAUUGACGACCUUUCUCCAGAGAAGCGUCGCAAGGGUGAAGCACGGCUCGUCAUGGACCAGCUAAAGGCAUUUCAUGAUGACGAAGAGUCUGAAGGGGGGACAAAGCGUCGACGGUCUGAUAGCAACGCAACGACCCAGAGGCCAGCAAAGAAGGCCAAGAAGGGCUUCAAUGUUAACGCAGGGCUCCGCAACUGGAAUGGCAGUGGAUCUGAUCAUUCUUCGUCCAUGGACUACUCGAGCGAGGGUCCAUCGAAUCCUCCAACAUCAGACCCGGUUACAGACGAGACAAAUGAAUUCGGGGACGGCGCUUUCAGUGAUAACGAAGAGGGUGAAUCGAGGGAACGGGCACAGAUCAAGGAGGGUGCCAAGCCACUGUACCGCUUUGUGGCCAAACACCCAGCGAGCGCUCGUGUAGUACCUCCUCCCCAGAACAACGUCAACAUCAAGAACACGGAAUCAGUCGCCGAAUUUAUGCCUCCCUCUUCCGCCCAAGUCCUUUUGGUUUCCCGCCUCAAUCGAUCCGAUAUCACUAAAUCGCACCUACCCCAAGAUCUGCGGAACGCGUUCGACAACAUCUUCGUGCCCCUGAUCCUCCAGGACAUUGGACAUGGCAAGGAUCCCUGGGUCUCCGUUGAGGACAAUCAAAUCGAGACGACGUUCGCAAAUGUAUUCCCAACCCGCAAGCCACUUGCGGAAGAUCCAACAUUGCUUACGAUCUUCAGCAAGCUGGCAAGUCCCAUCUUUGUCCCGACUGCAGAGGCGGUCUCGCAAUGGCGAAACAAGUUUGCCAAUCAAGCUACGAAAACCCUCGAAUCUGCUAUUUUUGAAGCUUUACCUCAAGGUGACUCCGUUUCUGACGCUCGCAAGACAUACGUCAACUGGGCGCUAUCCGGCAAAGACCAUGAACGCGUCUUUUAUUACCGCGUCUACGAAGAACAACCAGACGAUGUUGAUGACGCUCAAGAAAAUGGAGCCCAGUCGAAGAAACUGUUUAGAGCGGGCUUGUUCCAAUCAGUCUUGAUUUCAUCCGUCUUAUCCGUCCAUUACGCCUCUCUUACCACACUGCCGCAAAACCGACGCUCGAAAGAAUUUCCGUCUGCCGCUUUGAUUAUGGCUAUUCAAGCGUGUAAACGCGCACUUACCUUCUACGAAACGGGGGAGAAAGUUAUCCCAGGUCGCCCUUACAGCGAUUUCUCGCGUGGAAACUGGGGUGACCAUGAGGAGAUACGCGAAGGUCGAAGGGUCAUGGUUUACACAACUUCCAAGCUCUACAAGGUUGUUUCGAAGCUCACAGAACCUAUGAAGAAGAAGAUCUCGGAUGCCGCCAUUGCUCUUCUGCCAGAGAAGCGACGCUCGAGCGCUACCACACGCUCUGCCCCGCCUAUUGCUAAUCAAGACGAAGAUUCGGAUUUCGACCUAGUCGAUGACGAGAAUGGUGACAAUUAG